UUAAAAUUUGAACGUCGAAGCAAUCGGUUCGCUUCCUCUGUGUCGUUUCUCGUUCGGGUUCGUGUUGCUGCUUGUUCGUGUGUCCGUUGUUUCGUGUACUUUGUCGUUUGUUGCGCGUCCAACGAAAGCCCAAACAAAAAUCAAAAAUGUUUUAUUAGAAUCGAAGAGAACAAUUUCCAUUCAAUUUAAUGCCAAAUAAAGUUUGCAAGCAGCUUUAGAGCAGUUUUCUGUUAGGUUUUUGCGUUUUCCAAACGCCACAUUCUGAUAGUUUUUGCGAGAAAGAAAACCAAAACGCUAUAAUACCUAAGAUGGGUCUUUCGGAUAUACCAGCCAACUAUAUGACCCAGGGCAGCCAUCCCCACCUGAACCAUCCGCACCUGAGCAGCCACCAUCAUCAUCAGCACCACAAUCAACAGAAUCAUCAGCAUAAUGGAACGCCCGCCCAGCAGGCAGCCCAUGUCCUGGCCAUGGAAUCGAAUGAGCUGCUGAUGAGCACCAAAGACAAGUUGUCCAGCAAAAAGAAGAUGCACUUGCUCAAAAAGAUCAAGAAGCGCUUCGGACUCGUUCGCCGUUCGCCCUCAUCCUGCCCUGGACCCAAUAACCUGCCGCCCCUGCAGUUCCACAGCGUGCAUGGAGAUAAUAUCAGGAUCUCACGCGAUGGUACACUCGCACGGCGCUACGAGAGCUUCUGUCGGGCCAUCACCUUCUCCGCGCGCCCCGUGCGCAUCAAUGAGAGGAUCUGUGUGAAGUUUGCGGAGAUAUCGAACAACUGGAAUGGGGGAAUACGCUUUGGUUUCACCAGCAAUGAUCCUGUGUCGCUGGAGGGCACUUUGCCCAAGUAUGCCUGUCCGGAUCUGACGAAUCGUCCUGGCUUCUGGGCCAAGGCCCUGCACGAACAGUACUGCGAGAAGGAUAAUAUUUUGUAUUAUUAUGUGAAUAACGCUGGGGACGUCAUCUAUGGCAUAAAUAAUGAGGAGAAGGGCGUGAUCCUGUCCGGCAUUGAUACGCGGAGUCUGCUGUGGACUGUGAUUGAUAUUUAUGGCAAUUGCACGGGAAUCGAAUUCCUGGACUCACGGAUCUACAUGUACCAGCAGCAGCAGCAGCAGCACCAACAGAUAACCCAGUCCCUGCCGCUGCAGCCAGUGAUGCAGCAGCAGGUGCAACAAAUGCAGCAGCAACAGCAGCAGCAGAUGACACCACAAUCCGCCCUAAAUCCCCAUCAUCCGCACCAGCAAUCGCGCCGUUCCCUGCCCGGCAAUGGUGGCGUGAUCGAGCACGAUCUGGAGCGGCAUGUAAUGCCGUCGCUGCAGUCAUUGCAUUUGACUGGAAAUGCCACAACCAGUGUGGAGCAGGCGGCCAUCGCGCAUGACCUGGCGAAUGGCCUGCCACCGCUACGAUACAAUGCCAAUGGACGGCUCAUACCCGUGCCCUUUCACAUCACAAAGGGCAGGAAUGUGCGUCUCUCCCAUGAUCGCUUCAUUGCCUCCCGCACAGAGUCGGACUUUUGUCAGGGAUAUGUGUUCACGGCACGCCCCAUACGCAUUGGGGAGAAGCUGAUUGUGCAGGUCCUCAAAACCGAACAGAUGUAUGUGGGUGCCCUGGCGCUGGGCCUUACCUCGUGCAAUCCUGCCGUCCUGCAACCAAAUGAUCUGCCAAAUGAUUCCGAUUUCCUGCUAGAUCGUCCCGAGUAUUGGGUGGUGUCCAAAGAUAUAGCCGCAGCCCCACAGCGUGGCGAUGAGAUUGCCUUCUUUGUGGCCCCCAAUGGCGAGGUGUCGAUCAGCAAGAACAAUGGCCCAGCCGUUGUGGUGAUGCAUGUGGAUCAAUCCCUGCAGCUGUGGGCCUUCCUCGAUGUCUAUGGCUCGACGCAAUCGCUGAGGAUGUUCCGCCAACAGUUGCCGAACAUGGUGGCAUAUCCCUCACAGCCGCAGGUGAAUGCCAGCGCCUGCAGCGCCUCCACCGCUUCUACCUCCCGGAUGCUGCCCAUGACUGAGUCCAUGAGCAGCUUGAAUGCGGGACAGCUGCUGGGUGCAGCCACCAAGAUGCUGCAGCAUAACUCACAGUUGAGUGUGGCACAGAGCACGAGCACGCUGGCCUCCACCGCUGGAGGAGCAGCGAAUGGCAGUCGCAUGAUCAGCAUGCCCUCCAAUGGCGACAUCCUGCAGAUCCAACCGAAUGGCGGUGGCACUGUGCUGGUCGUAAACCUUCCACCAGCCAGCAGCUCCCAUGAUUUGAAUGGCCAGCAGAUGAAUGCACGACCAACGACAACAACAGUCACAUCCAGUGGGAUAUUGGCAGGAGCCUGCAGCAGUGGCACGCUCAUUAGCACCGCCAGCAGUCAAUACAUUGAGCCCGUUGCUAAUAGCACAAAUAAUGCUGCCAACAAAUGGAAGGAUAGUCUGAGCGACCAACAUAGCACGGACUCGAGUGCCGAGUGCACCAUUUGCUAUGAGAAUCCCAUUGACUCGGUGCUCUACAUGUGCGGACACAUGUGCAUGUGCUACGACUGUGCCAUCGAGCAGUGGCGCGGAGUGGGCGGCGGCCAGUGUCCGCUCUGUCGAGCAGUGAUACGUGAUGUCAUUAGGACCUAUACGACGUAGGAGCCGCCACUAAAGGAUUCCGCGUUGGAGCAACCCCUCAGCGAAGCGGGAAUCGUUUCAGUUUCCUAAACAGAAAAGAAAACUUUUUAACUCGCAAUCAAAUCUACAAAAAGAAAAAAACUACUAUAAAAACUACACACAAAAAUUUUUGCAUUUCGUAGGAAAAAAGAGCGCAAAACGAGAGCAAUUAUAUAGAGGAAGAAAAUUAGCGGAGGGAAGAGCAAUUAUAUAAGGAUAUAAAGGAGCACAGUAUGGAAUGGAUUGCAAGACUCUAGUAUUAACAAAUAAUUGAUAUUUUUGCAGAAACUAAAGAUUAUAGAAAGAACUAACUAAAGAGAUGGCAAGAGUAAUGUCUGCAUGCUUCUUAUAUGCUUAUUAUAUAUAUUUAAUUUUUUGUGAUUUUAUGAGUAUAAGAGUACGCGCCCAAGAGCCGGAGCCCCCCUGAGAAUAUUAUUGUAUUGUUCAAUCGAGAUUUUUACGUUUAUUUCAAUUUUUUGUAAACCCCCAGAGAAUCGCAAAUCGUUGUUUGAGCGAUAUAUAGUACAUGAUAUGAUAGAUUUAUGCGUGUUGUAUGCUACACACAAAAACCAAAGUAUUGUAUGGAUGGAUUGAACGAGAUUGAUCAGGACCGAUCCGUUUUUGUAUUAAAUUUUUUUAUUGUAUUGUGCAAGAUAAUUGAAGGACAAAAGUUGUUGAAAUUUUACUUAGUUUUUCUUUACAUGAAAUUUUAUAUUCAGAAAAAAAAACAAACAAAAUUAUAUUUUUUCAAUCAUUUUGGUGCUAAAAAAUGUUUUGAAUUUGCGAACAAACUAAAUUGUGAAAAUUGUUAAAGGAUUUUGAAUGAAAAGUUAUGUUUAAGCUUGCAGCAACUACAACAAAAUUGAUUGAAUUUAUGGUAAUUAAACCCAAUGACUACUUUCCGGACAAAAGGAAACGGAGAAAAAUCUAUAAAUAAUAUAUUCUGCCAGCACAAAAAGGAAUGAUUGAUCAGAGAAAAAUACUUACAUAUAUGCACGAAAACCAAAAUAAAACAGAAAGACAGAAAGUAAACUGCAAAUGCAAGAUGCGUGUUAAAUCUAGUUUAUAGUUUAGUUUUAAGUGAGAUUUUAAGUUAAUUUCUAGUCAACGAAUUAUGCUGAAGUUUAAUCUAAAAAAAAUAGGACUUCAACCAAAACAAAACUAAAAAAGAAGACAAGAAAACUAUGAAGAUAAAUCGUAUAUUGAGCACACACGCUAAGCAAUUUUAAUGGAAAUGCCGCAUUUUAAUGAAUUAAGAUUUAAGUAGUGCACAUAUUUUAAUGACAAAACGAUUAUAUAUUUUAAACGAACAAAAGACUUGUAUGUUGUACAGCAACAGCUUGUAAGGAAAUAUGUAUUGAACACUGGAUGCCCAUCUAAAAGAACAGAAUCAUGCAGUUAGAGAAUUGCCAAUAAUUACUUAAAAAUACCAAGCAGCCACAUGCAGAAGACACAGAGCAAAACAAACUUUACCUAAGAUUGUAUUAAAGUAAAAGAUCAUCUAAGAAGCAAAAGAAACAAAGAAAAUAAUUGAAUGCGAACUGAAGCGCAAGCUUACUAUUUUUGUUAUAAGUAUGCAAACGGAGAGUGUUGAGGAUGGAUUGGCUUAGAUAUGGCGAGAGACAUGCAAUGGAGACAUUUGUUAUUGCCACUAUUUAUAAUUAAUUUUUAAUUUUUUUAAUAACAACUAGUUCGUACUAUUACGGAUAGAAAUGCCUAGUUAUGAGUAAACAUUUAAAUGUAUUUAUGAAAUUAUAUUUGAUAUAUGUAUGUAAGACAACGCAAUGCUGUAAUACCAUUAAAUACUGACAACAAUAUCAGAAA